AUGAAACAGUUGAGAUCGCACAACCCCUUUGCUCUUCUCGACGACGAGGAUUCUCCCUCUGUUCCCGUUUCUUCUGGCCCCGUCAAGGAGGUUGUCAAGAACACCACUUCCUCCAAGAAGGCUGAUGCUGCUCCUGCUCGUGCCAACCCUGCCCGUGCUACCGGUAACAAGAAGCCCCUUAGUGGAAAUGAGGCUGCCUUGAAGGACAAGAACGUUGGCCGUGCCAACAACCGUUCCAGAGGUGGUGCCGAGGGUGAGACCCCCCGUUCUAAGACCAACAACCGUCGUUUCGACCGUCACUCUCAAACUGGCAAGACCGACUCUGACAAGAAGGUUAACAAGGCCUGGGGUGAUGACAAGAAGAAACUCGAUGACGAGGCUGCUGCCGAGUCUAUUGCCAAGGAGGAUGCCACUGAGGCUGAAUCUGCCGAGGCCGCUCCUGCUGAGGAGGAGGCUGAUAACACCAAGACUCUUGAGGAGUACUAUGCUGAGCUCAACGCUAAGAACGCUGAGCUCAAUGCUUCCCGUUCCGCCCGUAAGGCUAACGAGGGUGUUGAGGAUGCCAAGUGGGCCAAUGCCAACGAGGUUAAGAAGUCUGACGAGGAGCUCGUUCCCGAAGCUCGUUCCAAGGCUGUCCGUACCAAGACCAGAAAGGAGAAGACCAUCAUUGAGGCCGACGUCUCUUUCUCCGGUCCUGCUCGUCCUGCUAACAACCGUGGCGACCGUAGCGAGCGCCCUGCUCGUGGUGGUGCCCGUAACGGACCCCGUCGUAACAACGCCAACAACAACAACCAAGGACGUGGCCGUGCUGGUGCCCAAGCCAAGGUCAACAUCACCUCUCAAGCUGACUUCCCCACCUUGGGCAACUAA